UUUCUAGUGUCUUACAGCCGCUAGCCGGCACAGAGCGCGACUUUCACGCGGCUUGUACGCCACACCAGGACGUCGCAGGGACGCGUGCUUCAAGGCACGGCCAGACAUUAAAGACAGCUUGAGUUGCCGCAGCUCUCCGGGGCGUGAAACUCGGCCUGAUGCGCGAGCAAGGCACAGAGCAUUAGCAAGAUGCGUGGCCUCUUAGUCCUGCAGAUGAUGCGUGCGAGCGCCAUAAUAGCGCGCCGCGGCCGCUCCUCCCUGGUCUCGGCGCCCUGGCUCAAGAUCAAUCUAAACGACCCGAAGAUUAGAGUAUUAGACGUGACUCAAGCUCUCGACCGGACGACAAACACAGUCUCGCCGAGCGUCGACACGUACAUGACCUCGCACAUCCCCGGCGCUCGAUUCGUGGACGUUGGCGGCCGGCUCUCUACGCCAAAUCCGAAGCUGCACAACUUAGCACCGUCUCCCGAGCAGUUCGCCGCCGAGCUGUCGCGCCAGGGCGUCGACGACGACUCUCACGUAGUCUUAUAUAGCUCGUCGAAGGUCAUGUGGGCGACGCGCGUCUGGUACCUCAUGAACGCCUUCGGCUUCGAGGGCCAGGUCUCGGUGCUCGACGGCGGCCUCAAGGCCUGGACGCGCGCCGGCGGCGGCACGGUCAGCGGCGUCGAGCCAAAGCCGACGCCGACGACGCUGCCGAUCCGCCAAGCGCGGCGGACGGCAUUUGCUGGUAAGGACGACGUCCUCCGCGCCAUCGACGAAGAAAAAACACUGGUGGACACCCUCAAGCCCACGAGCUUCGACGGCUCGAAGCCGUCGCGCUACGGCCGCCGCGGCCACAUCCGCACGGCGGUCAACGUUCCAUACACGUCGCUCCUCGACGAGGCAGGCUGUUUCCUCCCCGAGCCCGAACUACGCCGCGCCUUCGCCGGCGUCGCCGAGGACGGGCUCGUGGCCUACUGAGGCAGCGGGAUCAGCGCGACGGUCUUCUUGUUUGCCGCCGUAUUGCUCGGCCGCGACCCGUCGACGCUAUCCCUAUACGACGCGAGCCUCAGCGAGUGGGCCGCCGCCGACGACCUGCCCAUGGCGCCAUGAUGACGGCCGACGCCCUUCCCUUGCCGGGGAGACGCCGGCCCGACGCCGCCAUGCCCUAAGGUCACUGUUGUUAGA